AUGGCCUCUCUUCGCUCAAUCGGGGUCCACAAGCCCUCUGCCCUGCAGUAUCUGGUCCAAGAGUCCAUCUUGAGCGACGAUAGCACCGACCGCGACUAUGUCUGGGACACGUACACCGACGACGGCCCAGAAGGCCAUACCGACGAGCUCGUCACCACCGAAUACCACGUAAUCUGGUCGCGAUGCGGCGUCAUACGCAAGGUCUUCAACUUCGAGGUUGAGAAAGAGAAGGUUAAGCAGGCGCUUUUGACAUGGUUUCUGGUAGACGAGCCCUACCAUGGCGCGAAUGAGGCCUCCGACAACUCAACAGAGCACAACGCAACCGACCCUUCCAAGAGUUUCUUGACCCAAGGCACACAGCCUGCUGCGGACCCCACCGCGCCAAUCAACAAUACACCACCCACAGCAGAGGCUCUGUCGCGUGCUCUAGUCGUCUUCUUGAAGUCGCAAGCACAUGUCUUCUUUCUCUCGGGCACUACACACAUCGUAAACCUCCCAUUCGAGGUGGACAAGGCUUUUCCUGCAGCACGUGGUGUUGUCGUACAAAGGAAGCUUGCUCCUCUUCACACUGUGCCUACGAGUCCCCAGUUGCCAUCGGCCCCACCAAAUUCCUUCCUCACAACCAACCAGUCCUUUCUCUCACAGCAGUUCUCAUUUUCUCAGAGCUUCUCUAAGCCCAAUCGCCGGCAUGGCUCUUCUAUUGGCGCAUCGCGACAUGGAAAGUCUCGCCUGUCCGGUGCGACCACGUUUCUAGAUGACUUGGUCACGCCUUUAAACCCAGAAUCCAUACCCAGGUUGUAUUCUUUUACAGAUCCGCUGUCGGAACUGGGAUUGGUUGUCAAUGUUGUCGCAGGCGGUGACCGCAGCAGCCUGCUGACUACCCACGGCUCUGGUCAUCGGAGACUGGAAGCCAUUGACAAAGCUGAGGAAAUCAUUUACGUCUCUCCGCGCAAUGAGCUUGUGUUCGAUCGCAGUGGAAAUGACAAGCCUCUUCUACUAGUAGUCACAGCAAAUCACGAGACGAAUGUAUUUACCAUUUGGUCUGCGGCUUACCUAGAGCCAAAAUCAAUAUCAACUUCUCGCAAACAACACGUCCCCCUACCAAUAAGCAAGUCUAGGCGUCGUAGCUCAUACGGCGGUACUGCUCCGGGAACAGGGGCAACUACACCAGCAAUCCGUGGAGCUGACAGAUUGAGAGAAAGCUUUGGGGGAGCUCCACGCAGCAAAACUCAACCGCCAUCCUUCAAGAUCACGACCAAGGAACGACUCUCUGAUCAGGCAGUGGACGAUGCCCUUGCCUCACAGCUCAACCCUGACUCUGACAUCACUCGUCAGCCAAAAGAAUCUAGACGAGUGAGCUCACUACUCUCACGAGCUGAGCUUUCCACGAGCUUCGACAAAAGCGCGUUUCAAGACCUCGCAACAUCCCGCAACAGCAUCGGUGGCAGCUUCAACGCAAGUUUCAAUGCAAGCCAGCGAAGUCGCCACUCGCUUGGUCACGAUCGCACAAGUUUCGGUGGCUUCUCGCAGUCUCGAAACCGAGCUUCCACUCCCGGUAGUGUUACGUCCCGAAUGAGCCUAGGUGCUGUAUCGAUAGAUGACACUUUAGACGAUGCCAUGGAUGAGGAUACAUUCGACACUAUAGAAGACUAUGAUGAGCUUGACGACUUGUUUGCGCCGCCUGACGCCAAAGACGGACCACGGCCCGGGGAGGGACUCCAUAAGGAGCUGAUCAUCAGUGUCAUUGCGGAAAUUCCCAUUACACAGCACCUGAAGAGUGGCCUCUUUGCCUUGGGCAACCCUUCAAAUACUCCAGUAAGUCGACAUUCUUCCAGGGAAGCCCUGUUAUUGACACUUGAAUAG